CUCCUUUUCUUCUCACUUCUCAGUUCUCAAAUCAUCUUCAUCUUACUUUCCCCAUUCCCCUGUUCAUCAUGAACCUCUUCCACACUUGCUGAUUUACUUUUCAGUAUUUCAGUUUUCUGUUUUUUCAUCUUUGUACUUGUAGUGAUUGUAGCUAGAUUGUAGCCUGUAGGUCCUCACAAGGUCCUCUUUAGUCGCGUCUGAGUGCGUCCGCCUUGAUCCUGUGUAAAAUUUCGGCCAAUUAUAAACGGAAUUAUAGAUGUGACUACGGGCUAGUGUUAUCGAAAUUUUCGAGUUCGUGUUGAAAAGUGUUGGUGUUUGCUAUACCGUAUUCAAGUAUUUCGUAAUUUUUUCGGUGAGGAAAAUGGUGUAGAUGAUGUUUUUGUACUUGCAUCAUUUUAGCAAACGAUAUUGACUGCUGUGUAUCGAAGUAUUUCAUGCCAUCAGAAGAGCGGAUAGAGAGGUGAUAAGAUGUUUUGUGAAAAGAUAAUCGAUGAUCGUGGAUUAUCACCGCUGCAUGAUCAUUCAACACCAAUUUUAACUGUAAUACCAACUGUAUCAAGAACUCGACGAAAUCAUCGUUUUCAUCCGUUUUCACAACAGCAACCAUUAUUGUACAGGCCUCACUUGAAUCUGCCUACCAAGGAACGUAGUCCAUCACCUCUUCAGACCGGAACUCAUAUUUCACGUUUGUAUCCAGAAAUCUUAGCUCAUAUAUUUAGUUACUUGGAUAUCAGAGAUAAAGGAAUUGCCGCACAAGUAUGUACAGCUUGGAGAGAAGCUUCUUAUCAUCAGUCAGUUUGGAGAGGAGUUGAAGCUAAACUCCAUUUACGGCGGCCGAAUCCUACGCUUGUGAAUAGUCUUACUAGUCGAGGUAUCAAACGUGUUCAAAUACUUUCGUUGAAAAAGUCAUUUCGCGAGAUCACUCAAGGUAUAGGUAAUCUAACUUCACUGAAUUUGAGCGGAUGUUUCAACGUUAGAGAUGAUAAUCUUCAUCAAGCUUUUGCUUCGUCCAUACCAACUUUAUUAAACCUUGAUUUAUCAUUGUGUAAGCAAAUUACUGAUAAAAGUGUUUUAAAGAUUGUGCAGUCGUUGGAAAAUUUAGAAAAUUUGGAGUUGGGCGGAUGCUCGAAUGUUACUGACUCGGGUUUAUUAGCUAUAGCAAACGGACUCAAAAGACUGAAAAGUUUAAACUUACGUUCAUGUUGGAACGUUUCUGAUCAGGGUAUACGAUUAAUAGCUGGUCAAACUGAUAAAAAGACUGGUAAUUUAACGCUAGAACGGUUAGGUUUACAAGAUUGUCAGCACUUAUCCGACGAAGCGUUGAAAUGUAUUUCCAUAGGUUUAACGUCUAUUACUAGUAUUAAUUUGAGUUUUUGUAUUAACAUUAGCGAUGUAGGUUUAAAGUAUUUGGCUAAAAUUCCAUCGUUACGAGAACUAAAUUUGAGCUCUUGUGAUAAUGUGUCAGACGCCGGCGUAGCGUAUCUAGCUGAAGCAGGUUCACCUAUUACUUCAUUGGACGUUUCUUUCUGUGAUAAAGUCACUGAUCAGUCAUUAGAUUAUAUAUCUAGAGGAUUAUUUAAUUUACGAUGCUUGAGCUUGACUGCGUGUCCUGUAUCUGACGAAGGCAUUUGUAAACUAGCCAAAGCACUGUCCGAUUUGGAAGUGUUGAACAUAGGUCAGUGUACUAGGAUUACGGAUCAAAGUUUGUUUGCCAUUUCGGAGUCGUUCAAAAAUCUAAAAUGCGUAGAUUUGUAUGGCUGUUCGAAAAUAUCGACUGAUGCUCGACAAGAUGCUGCUGCCAAGUUGCCAUCUCGUUGUAUCUUAAAUUUAGGCCUGUGGCCGGUGAAGAAAUCCUAGCUACCCUUUAUUUUAAGUACAUACAUCGGUGCACGUACAUAUACCUUGUAUGUAUGAAUGUAUUUUCUUCUAUUUUUUUUUUUUUUUUUUUUUUUGCAAAUGUUACAUUCACUACCAGCACUGUCAUUGUGAUAUUGAAAGAGCUCAUAACGAUUUUGAUUAUCAUUAUUUAUUAUUACGAUUUAAAAUUAUAUUCAUUUUCAUUUUUUAUUAUUAAGUUUUUUGUUUCUUGAAUUUUUGUUGGAAAAUAAUUCGUUGAGUUUGUCUUCUAUUUUGGAAAUAUUUUCCAGUUCAUUUCAGUCAAAGCUUCAUUGCAAAUUCAUCAAUUUUUUUAUCAUUUUACGCUUAUUUUUUCGUUUUAUUAAUUAUUUUCAUUUUCUAAUUAUGUUGUAUUUUUUGCUUCGUAGUUCUGUUUUUUUCCCAUUAUUAUUUAUUCAUUGUUAUAAUUUAUUUAUCUGUUCUUAUGAUUAUUUUUAAAUCAAAGCGCACGAAUUUGUUUUGUUGAUGAAUGAUGCUACAGCCAGUUACCGAAUUAGCCGCUAACCCAGCUGAUAAGCUGUUUUUUUCCCCAAAAUUUGAACUGUACAGUAUUACUUUCAUUCUCUUUUCUUAUCCAUCGAUGUAGAAUUUUUCGUAAUUUAUUUUCUUUUGGCUGAAAACCCAGUAUGUUAUUUCAUAUCUUAUGAAUUUGAUUAUUGUAUGUAUUUCAGUUCGAAAUUAGAAAUAUUGUGUAUUUAUUUUGUUGUCGAUGUCAUUUUCAAUGUUUUUAUUUCAACGUCUGUACUGUGAAAUUAAUUUUUUGCGAAUCAUGUUUUUUUUGCUUAUGACGCGUUUUUUGUUAUCGAUUAUGAUUUUUUUAAAUUUAUAUGUUUUUUGAUAGUUGAAUUUUUUAUAACUACGUUUCAUAACUUUGUGUAUGUGUGUUUUUUAAAGAACUUUUUCAAUAUCUUAUUUACGAUACUUCCCUAAAUACCAAGACCGACAAAAUUGAAGAAAAUGGAAACAUUUAUCGAAGGAAUUCAUCGUUUUCAAAAUAUUCUGUUUUAUUUGUCUACUUUCUGUGUCAUAAUGUUUUUAAAAAAAGUUCAAAUAAUUGAUUGGUUAUUUUUCGAAGGUGUAAACGAACUUUGUAGUGUCUGAAUGAAUAAAGAUUCAAUGCAAUUUUUUCGUAUUGUUUGUAUUAUUUUCAAUAAAUUGAUAUUUCAUUAAU